CAAUGAGGUGACUGGAGGCGAGGUAGGGGGAAAAGGUGGUUGAAACGCGCGCGCAGAUAGCUAAGACAGUGUCAGCCAUGCAGUGAGACCAGGAGAGCGGCAACCUGACACUGUGAAGAAGGGAAGACAGAAGCGCUCAACAUGCUGAAGAGACAAGCUGCCACCGUGAUCCCCCGCCUACCACGGCCAGUCGUCAGCGCCAUUAGUAUUCUUCUAUACGCCUUCAUACACGUUCUACUGCUCGGUGGCGUCGUGGUUGACGCAAAUUGCACGGAUCACCUCCACAGUAGCAAGAAAGUCUUGGAAAAUGGGGUGGUUGCUCUCACGUGUGCAGACACGAACAAAACCUUCCCCAGUGGAAAUUUGUUCAUGCGCGCCGUGCUGGCCUUCUGCUACAAUGAUCAGUGGGAACCUAAUGAGGUGGAGAUUCCCUGUCAAACUCCAUCUUCCGCGGUGACGACUGAAGCCUGUGGUACGAACGCCGAAACCCCUGAAAACGCCCGCGUCGCGGAAACCAUUACUGACACUAGCAGCGUCGUCUAUGCCAAUUACUACAAAUGUAACACAGGGAUGAAUUGGUUAUCAGGACGUCCUGGUCAUUUGACGGAAUGUUCUAAUGGGCAGUGGACACCUAUACUGGACAAGUGUGAUGAAGACUGCCCCGUGCCCCGUGACUGCACCGAUAUCGCUAAUUUUGGAUUCGACCAAAAUGAAACGUACAAUGUGAUGCCCUCAGGCGACCCACAUCAAAGUAAAACAGAAGUAUGGUGUGAUUUUGAUACUACAGAAGACGUGUGGACGACCGUCUACAGGGUUUCUUCCAGUGUCAGCUGUGCGAAGUCUGGCACCGGAACAGCUUCUGAUGCAGACGGGGAUUACUGUAUUGGACUGGACAAUCUCGCGGCUCUCACCAACCAAGUCAACAGCACAAACCGCCGCCCUUUAGUUAUACAGUUCCUCAUCGAGACUACUGACGGAAAAAUCUACCACGCCACGUACGACCGUUUUCUGAUGGACGGAGGAGACAAUUACACCCUUACCAGCGUUGGGAAUUACCACGGGAAUGCAGGAGAUGGAUUCAGUGCCAGCCUUAACUUCAACUUCUUGACUAAAGAUUCUGCUGCUUGGUGGCUGCCGAAUGACGAUGCUGUUUACGAUAUAUUAAAAGACAAUCUGGAUUUGGCCUUUGUCGGUAAGAAGGAGUGGCCUACUUUGACUACUGUGACACCUGCUAAGACGAUUCAAGGCAUCCAUGUGAGGGUUCGAUCCCACUCUUACGACAGGGAAAUCGCGUGCCCACUACAUAACGUAAUGGAACUGGGCUGGCAGUCAGACCCUCCCACAACCUGGUAUGGACAUGUGCCUAUCUCCCGUCUCGUCGGCACCAAAAUCAACUACACCUGCGUCGGCGACUAUAUGAUGGAAGGAACUGAAGGAGUUUACACCACCUCCGGGGUUAUAGAGUGUUUACCUGGAGCUGAGGGGGAAUCGCCAUCAUGGUCAAGAACCUUAAACUUACCCUGCCAGUUGGUCUGUCCUGGCGACUUUAAACUAUCAACCAACAUGACAAAGUGUUAUCAAGAGGGAAGCGAGGUGGUGACAUUCGGGAUAACAGAAGCGGCGCAGAAGUGUGGUGAGCUCAACUCUUCGCUGGCCGUGAUCGAUGACCUUGGUGACCUUACUAACUUAUCGGAGGACAACUUUUACCUGACGGCGCACAUCUACAGACCUGUAGGCAGCGGGUCCGGGGACCCCAUCCAACCCCCUCUACCCCAGAAUGUACCCUGUAGUGACUGCACGUUCACUGGCGACAACAAAUGCCUCACAGUCAACAAGAAGGGAGAGGCCGUGCUUCAGGACUGCUUUGGAGAAGACCUGCUCUACCUGUGUCAAGUUCCAAGUUACUGUCCAAAUGACUACACGGAGUACAGAGGCCGUUGCUACAAACUCAUCACCAGCACCAACUCCGACUUUGAUCUCUUUACGGCUCAGUCAACCUGUGAGAGCGAAGGGGCGGCUUUGACUUAUCCUGAAACUGAGGACACACUUCUUUACCUGUCCAGUAUUGUUCAGGUAAGAUAUAUUAGAAGGAUAUAUGACUAG